GAGAAAAACCCACUAGAAAAACAGCUGUUCAUCUGUGUGGUUUGUUCUUUUCUUGGUUCUGAGUGUGCAUGCUUGCCUCCACUUGCCUUUUUCCUACUUUUGGCUUCAUACCCUUCCACUGUCCGCUUUCCGUGAUCCCCUGAGAGAUGGUUGGCUUGUUUCUGCUCUGAUUCUCCAGUGAGAGGAUGAGGGGAGAGGGAGGGGGCUGUGUGAUACCCUUUUUCUGAGGAGGGGGCCACAACCUAAGUGUCCUCAAAGGGCAAGAUGGAUAGACCACCAGCCUUGAUUUUGGCAGCAGCCCUACGCCCACAGCCUCCUCAGACUUCCAGUAUUCAUUCCCCACACAUGAGCGAGAUUUUUGGUUCCAGCCCCCGUGGUAGCUCCCCCUUUUCCCUGAGUGUCCUGAUUCCAUCAUUCUGACCCACCUCACGCCCACCCCAAGUGUUCAGACACUGGAAGUAGGUUGUGGUGGCCCCAGCGUCAGGUUGCAUGUUAGAGGCUGAGCGUAGAUUUGCCCCAUUCUCCAGACCCCCACUACUAGAUCUAAUUGUGGGGAGGGGACAGAUUCUAUGCCAGGUCUCUGAUUUCCUUGGGAUAGAAAUUGGGCGGAAUAAUUGAAAACAGUGUGUGGGGAGGAGCAAGAAGAAUCAAAAGGAACCGUGCUCUCGCCUUUUGGCUUCUUGCCUCCCCUUUGCGGGAUCCGCUUCUUUGCGUGGGUGCCUCCCUUACGGGAUCUCACCUUUGCGCGAUGUGGUCCCACAGUCAUUGCCCUUUUAAAAAGGGCCCCGCCCCUCAGGAGGGGGCGGGGCAGGGGCGGAGUCGGAGGAGCAGUGGAAGGAACAAAGCGCGGCCUGCGGGCGGCGGUGGGGCUCGCGCGGUGCGGGGCCUGCGGGCGGCGGUCCGGGUGUGGCGGCGGCGGGAAGGAGGCGGCAUCGCUGUCCGCGCUGGCCUGGCCAUGAACGGGCUGCCCUCGGCUGAGGCACCAGGCGGCGCGGGCUGCUCCCUGGCCGGGCUCCCGCCUCUGCCGCGCGGCCUCAGCGGCCUUCUCAACGCGAGCGGGGGCUCGUGGCGGGAGCUGGAGCGCGUCUACAGCCAGCGCAGCCGCAUCCAUGACGAGCUGAGCCGCGCAGCCCGCGCUCCGGACGGGCCCCGCCACCCCUCCGGAGCUGCCAACGCGGGCCCCGCCGCCGGCCGCGCUGCCCCACGCCGACCAGUCAACCUUGACUCUGCGUUAGCGGCCCUGCGCAAGGAGAUGGUGGGGCUGCGACAACUGGACAUGUCCCUGCUGUGCCAGCUGUGGGGCCUGUAUGAGUCAAUCCAGGACUACAAGCACCUAUGCCAAGACCUGAGCCUGUGCCAGGACCUGUCGUCGUCCCUGCACUCGGACAGCUCCUACCCACCGGACGCCGGCCUCUCAGAUGAUGAUGAGCCUCCUGAUGCCAGCCUGCCCCCUGACCCACCACCCCUCACUGUGCCCCAGACUCACAAUGCCCGUGACCAGUGGCUGCAGGAUGCCUUCCACAUCAGCCUCUGA